UUGUAGGUUAAAUGUUGAAAACUAUGUUCAGUUAAUGUCGAUAUUGCAGCUGAUACCUGAAAUACCCGUAAAAAGGUAUUGCUAAUCCCUCACGUCCUCCACAUGCCAUAAACCCAAGUAGUUAACUGAUGAUAACUUUUUACCUGUCAUCCUAUAAAAUCCGACGCUCAACUUCGAGUUGCCACAAUCGUCCUGUGAUUUUGGCACGGCCAACAAGUUUAAUUUUAACACUGCAUGAUAAUGGUGCUUGGUUCAGAUGUACGGAAUCUGGUGAAGACUCUGAAGGAGUCGUACAGCUAUGAGGAGAUCGCACAGAUCCUAGAGUGUGAUGUGGAAAGCGUUGCGACCUGCAUUAAAGACUGCGAGCAACAUGAUGAGAACGUUGGUAAAUUAAAGCUGAGAUCUAUGCCCAUGGAAAACUACCGAACAGUGGGACGACCGAAGGUGUUUGGGAACAGCAAGUUGGUGGAGCAGAUGCUAUCCGAUCAUCCUCAAUAUACUUCGAUUGAUGUGCAGCGUGAGCUCCAAACUCGUUACGGUAUUGAAGUCAGUCGUCGCACUCUUCAACGGCGAAUCAGUGAGAUUAAGUCGAGACUUGGAGGCGGAGGCUUGAGCACAGAGGUUAGGCAACGGCGCUUGGAAUGGGCACGUGCUCAUGAGGAAUGGACAGUCCAGGACUGGCGCAAUAUAUUCAACAUGGACGACUUCAAGACUCUGGAUGGUUCGACGCCUAAGGAAAUAUUUGUGGACACUCUGGUGGGCCCAGAAUUACCGAAUUGCAAUGAUUUGAAUCUUCUGGAGCAACUAAUGGCCAUCAUUGAGCCAAAACUCCAAAGUCAGGCACCACAAACAGUCAGCGAGUUCCGAUCUGUGCUCUACGACAUUUGGCACAGUGAUGAGGAGCUUGUGAAUAAAAUCAAUGGGCUUUAUGAGUCGAUGACAUGGCGCGUCGCAUCCGUUAUAAAAAAUGGAGGCGGAGAAACCGGAUUCUGAUAGGUUACCAUAUUAACAUAAUGUUAGAUAUAAGAUCUUGUAAUAACUAUACAUACAGUAAUAAAUAUGUGAUACACAA